AUGCAUAGAGGAAAUCAUUCUUCAGUAACUGAGUUUAUCCUUGAGGGGUUAACAGAUCAGCCAGGACUCCAGAUCCCUCUAUUCUUCCUGUUUUUAUUUAUCUACAUGGUCUCCAUAGUGGGAAACUUUAGCUUAGUCUUUUUAAUCAGGAUCAGUUCUCAGCUUCACACUCCCAUGUAUUAUUUUCUCAGUAAUUUAUCUUUCAUAGAUCUCUGCCUCUCCUCUGCCAUAAUUCCCAAGAUGUUGGUGAACUUCAUGUCAGAGAAGAAUUUCACCUCCCUUCCUGAGUGCAUGGCCCAGCUCUUUUUCUUCUGCUUCUUUGGUAUUGGUGACUCUUACAUGCUGACAGUCAUGGCAUAUGAUCGUUAUGUUGCCAUCUGUAACCCCUUGCUCUACAAUGUCACCAUGUCCCACAGAGUUUGUUUUCUACUGGUCAUGAGUGUGUAUAUAGUAGGGGCCAUUGGAGCCUUGGUUCAUGCCAGCUACAUAGCUAGUCACUCUUUCUGUGGAACUAAUAUCAUUCACCAUUACUUCUGUGACAUCCUUCCUCUUCUGAAUAUAUCUUGCUCAAGAGACUACACAAAGGAACUUCUGGUGAUGAUUUUGGUUGGAUUCAAUGUAUUUGCAUGUGCUUUAGCCAUCUUCACCUCUUAUGCCUUCAUCCUUUCCAGCAUCAUGUGCAUCCGCUCAGGUGAAGGCAGGUCCAAAGCUGUCAGUACAUGCAGCUCCCACCUUGCAGCUGUUGGGGUCUUCUAUGGCUCCAUCAUCUUUAUGUAUUUUAAACCAUCUACCAGUGACACAACACAGGAGAAGGUGUCCUCUGUGUUUUACACCACCGUGAUUCCCAUGCUUAACCCCCUUAUCUACAGCCUUAGGAACAAGGAUGUCAAAGAAUCUCUAAAAAAGUUAUGUAUGGUGGGAUACUUUCUGAAUAUGUGUAGAAAACAGCACUUUUAA